AUGCAACUUGGAACGACACUACCCAUCCGGAGCAUUCAGAUCGACCUCCACGAACGCCGUCCUCCCACUUCGACUCAGCGAGCUGCACAGAGAACGCAAGGCCCGAAGAAUUGCGCCAUCUCUUCCUCGAACCACCGAGGCCAUAAAUACUUCUUCGCCAUGUUCACUUCGGCUUCUACCUCAUACCUGCGACUCUCGAGUGGCAUUGUCCUUUUGUUUUGCUGGAUUCCCCAUCCGCCUAAUUCUAGAGAUACCCCCGAACACCACGGACUUUGGGGGGCAACACAGCGAACCACGCAAUCUACGGCCUUUCUGCUUGUUUUUAUCCCUCUCGACGCUCCCUUGGACGAUUUUGGUUUUUACUUCUCGACGAUUGUCAUCAACUUCUUUUUGGCCCCAUCCAAGGAUCUACCAUUGCCAAUUCUCUCGAAAUUCGAAUCGACUCUCGAAAACUUGGCUGUACUGAAUUCAACGGACAAGAGGUUUUAG